CGAGCUUGACAGCCUCUCUUGACAGGUCGUACUACCGUCACAGCUGCAGUAAACUCACCUGGGGCUGCUUUUUGCGCCGACUUACGACCUUGCAGUUGCUUCAAACAGCUGAAAAUGUUGUCCUACAUCAUUGGUCUGAUCCGAGGCGGCUUGGACGGCAUCAUCAACCUGAUCUUCAGACUUUUCUUCUCAAAGAGGAGACCAGCCAUCACCUUAGAGGACCCGAACAUUAAGUAUGCACUGCGGCUGAUAGACAAACAGAUUGUCAGUCAUGACACACGGAAGUUUCGUUUUGCCCUGCCUUCCCCUGAACACGUCCUCGGGCUCCCCAUCGGGCAGCACAUUUAUUUGUCUGCAAAGAUAGACGGGAAGCUGGUGGUGCGUCCGUAUACGCCGGUCUCCAGUGACGAUGACAAAGGCUAUGUGGAUUUGGUGGUGAAGAUUUACUUCAAAGACGUUCAUCCUAAAUUCCCAGAGGGAGGAAAGAUGAGUCAGUACCUGGAGAGCCUUAAGAUCAACGACACCAUUGACUUCAGAGGACCCAGCGGUCUUCUCGUCUACAAGGGCAAAGGUGUUUUUGCCAUUCAAGCAGACAAAAAGUCCGCAGCUGUGACCAAGACCGCGAAACAUGUGGGAAUGAUCGCUGGAGGAACAGGGAUCACUCCCAUGCUGCAGCUCAUCACAGCGGUGAUGAAGGAUCCUCAGGACCAGACAGUGUGUCACCUGCUGUUUGCCAACCAGACUGAGAAAGACAUCCUGUUGAGACCAGAGUUGGAAGAGAUUCAAGUGAACAACCCGGAGCGAUUCAAGCUGUGGUUCACCGUGGACAGAGCACCUGAAGGCUGGGAGUACAGCCAAGGCUUCAUCAGCGAGGACAUGGUGAAGGAACACCUGCCGCCUCCCAGUGACGACACCCUCAUCCUGAUGUGCGGCCCUCCGCCUAUGAUCCAGUUCGCCUGCAACCCCAACCUGGACAAAGUGGGUCACUCCAGCAGCCGCAGGUUCACCUUCUAGACGAGCGUCCACACCAAGGAGUCGAGGUUUGGGCAUAUGAGAGCGUCCAAGUCAUCAUUUCCUCUACCCCGACAGCAUUAAAGCACUCGUACAGUUGUAAGUGGGUAUUGCACUAUGUAUACUAUAUUUAUGCCAUGAUGCUCAUCAUGCAGCAGAAUCACAGCACGGACCAAUUCAUGUAAUCAGUAAUCGUCAUGAAGGGCAGGAGAUGGUGAAUAUUUGAGCGUGUUUGGGAUUGAAGAUGAGUGAGGAGGAAGGUUGUGUUCAGACUGUCGGCUUUAAAAUGUGUUGAAACAACCCUGCUGUCCCGCUGUGGCCUCAGUUUGCUUCAGUAUCAGAGGAGUUGAGGUUCGCUGGCUGUUUUCUGAGUGCCUUAACACUUACAAAGCUUUUUUUAUGCAAAGUUAAAGAAUCGUGACCACUUGCUUCAUUUAUACAGAGUGUACUGAUGAUUUCACUGUUGCUGUUGGGAAUGUGUUACACGUCUGUGGUCAUGUCAAAGAUGUCAAUAUUUAGCUGAAACAUGUUCAUGUGAUGUGUCGAACGUGAUGUUACUGAUACGACGUCUUGGCUGCAAGUCUGGCGACAGUAGCUGCUUGUGUUUGGAUAUGCAACAUAAAAAUCAACUGUUACUGAA